ACACGAGUACUACUUUCAAGCUGGUAUUGCUCGUGCUCGAUCUCGUCUGAGCUGCGUUCUUUGCGAUUGUCUCAUCGGUGUUGCUGACGUAUUUCUGAUCCCUUGUUUGCUACUGUCAUUUCCAUUUUACGACGAGCAACAGCGGCCGAGGCUGUCAGAUGUGUCACGCGACAUGGUGUCGCGUCUUCGCCUCAUCACCUUCGAUGCAACGAACACGCUGUUGCGCUACAAAGAGUCGGUUGGACAAACCUAUUCUGGGGUUGCUCAACUCUACGGAGUACCAGCGGAUCCACAUCACGUAAACCACAAGUUCAGGAUUGAGUUUAAGCGCAUGAUGGCUCAGCAUCCCAACUUCGGUAGUGACAGCGGUAUGACGUCGCAGCAAUGGUGGUCUGAGCUCGUUAGCCGAACGCUCUCCGGCUCAGGCUCCAUCAGCGAGUCUCUUAUGACAUGCAUCGCCAGACACCUUUAUGAAUCGUACAGGACGCCUGAAUGCUGGGCGCCGAACGCAGGCACAGUUGAAACUCUUCAGCGACUCCGACAGUCAGGUCGCAAGCUUGGCGUCAUCUCAAACACCGACGAGCGAUUGGACAGCAUUCUGACCGGUCUUCGACUGCGACAAUACUUUGAUUUUGUAAUUGCAUCUGCUGUGGUUAAAGUCCAGAAGCCUUCUAAGGACAUUUUCUCUUUGGCUCUAAUUUGUGCAAGCAGCGAUGAGCGCCUAAAGCCCGAUGACGCUCUGCACGUGGGUGAUAACAUCGAACUUGACUACCUAGCUGCAAAAAAUGCUGGAUGGAGUGCCCUAUUGCUUGUCAAUGAUGAAUCGCAUAGACAGCGAGCACUGUCAAAGGGCCGUGUAAAUCCCGGUGACAUGAUCCAACAGCUGGCAGAUAUCUUCAAGGUGGUCGACACACAGGAGUCGCGCUGCGCCACAUAAGUCCGUUUUUCUGGCUCGGAAACAUUCGUGUAUAGAGCAUGCGGUCCUGGGGUACAACGUGGACUAUUAGAGACGCCGGUCAGUGUUACAGUGGAUGAACGCCGGCCGCAGAGAGAUCUGGCUUUGCAACGUGUUUACAUUAUCAGAUGGUGCUGGCUUCUGCGGUAUACGAGUUUCCACCGUGCUGGGUUUUCUUCUUUUUUUUUUUUCCGUAUGCUGGCAUACACUGAAAGUAGAUUGAGAAAUGUACUGUUUAUAAAAUAUAUUUUU